AGCACAAUUUAUGUUUUGCUCUAUUCAGGCAAUGAACACAGCCAGCUCUUACUCUGUGGUUCUAGACGCAGUUCCUCUCAGGAAGUGUUGCAUGAACGAAUCUCCCUCGACAGUCAUUCCACAGAAAAUGUCCAAGUUACAGUUGUUGCAAGCGUUUUUCUCCGACCGAUUAACAACAGUGGCCGUAGAGAUAUCCGUGGCAGUGGAAAAAGCGUUUGCCGAGUACCAGGAUGAGAUCUCUCGUUCAAAGGAGGAGACUCAACGCCUGCAGACGCUGCUGGAUUCGGUUUUUAAUCCCGAUGUAAAAUUACACAAAGCAGACCCCCCGCAGCUCACUCUCACUGUUUCUGGAGAUGAGGUUCCCCCUGAGCAGCAGCACUGUGAGGAGGAGUGGAGCGAUCAAGAGAUCAUCGAGUCCAUAUUCAUUUCCCCCUGUGUGGAAAUCAACAGUGAUCAGGACUCACCCGGGUGCUCACGACUUUACCAAACUCUGAAGAACUCCCUUCCCACCAUUGUAGCAGAACCGAUCCAAACAAAUCCAGAUGGAGAGGACAACAAAAUAUCAGAAUGUACCAGUGACACUCCCCUCACACAAUUAAAGCCUCUCAAAAUGAAGAGAACACGGUUAAAGAAAGGACAAAGAUCUUACAUCUGCACCGAGGGCAAGACAACCAGUGAAUUGAAAGCGCCAUUGAGGCUUCACACAAGGAAGAGGCUCUACAGUUGUACCGAGUGCACGGCAACCUAUGACAGACCUUGUCAUUUGGAAAUACACAAGAGAACUCACACAGGUGAGAAACCAUACGAGUGCAAAGACUGUGGUAAAUGCUUCAACCGCAAGAAUAGCCUAACGAUGCAUAUGCUAACUCACACAGGGGAGAAAUCAUUCUGCUGCCAUGAAUGUGGCAAACGCUUCGGUCUAAACACGAGACUGAUACUUCACAUGAGGACACACACAGGGGAGAAGCCACACAAGUGCCCUUUCUGUGCCAGAUGCUUUACAUUUCCAAGUCACUUAAGUCGUCACAAGAAGCUCCACACAGGAGAGAGACCACAUCAAUGCAAUGUAUGUGGGAAAUGCUACACGCGGAAGGAGCACCUGACAGACCAUAUGACAUCCCACAGUGGAGCAAAACCAUACAGCUGUAUGCAAUGUGGCAAAUGCUACGCACUGCAAGGAAACCUGAGAGCGCAUAUGGCGAGUCACACAGGGAAUAAGUUGUUGUGCAGGUGCGCUGUGUGUGGAUUAGGUGUUCUAAAUCUAAGUCGCCACAUGCAAGAAGUUCACACAGGAGGCAAACAGCAUCAGUGCCAAGAUUGUGGGAAGUGCUUCAACCGAAAGGAAAAAGUGACAGAGCAUAUGAGGACUCACACGGGAGAGAAACCGUAUCGAUGUCAUGAUUGCGGCGAAUGCUUUAGGCUCAAUGUAACCCUGAAGAAACACAUGAUGACACACACAUCUGCGGCAAUUGCUGUUCCAUGAGAGAAGAUGUGAGAACUCAAGAUGGGACAUACACAGGGAGAAAUCUGUGUAGCGCAAUGCAUGUUUCAGCAAUAUUGUUUAGAUGUUUCAAUGUUCACAUUCAAUGUUCAUUUUUAUUGGCUUGUUUUUAUACAUGGUCCAUUUGGAACUUCCAUCUCAAACUGAACCUUUAUCUGUCUCUACAUGUGAGUUGUUGUUGGUGCUUUCUGUUGGUAUCAAUAAAAAAAUUAUCAACAUGGAAACUCACAUUGCUGCUGUUUCAAUAAAGCACAAAGACUGCAUUUCUAA